AUGGGAAAUACGUGCACCAAGACCGGCGAGGUGGUGGACAAUCGCAGCAAUGGCACUUCUGGUAACAAACGAUUCAACCGAUACAGGACGAAGCAGUACGCCAAGCCGGAGGAUGUGCCGUCUCCUCCGGCAAACAAUGAGAGGGUAGCUGAUCUUAAGAAAAUGACUGUGGUAAAGAAAAUUGAGGCGCUCCAGCAUAUGCUGAAACCCGUCGUCUCUGUUGUACUGUCGGAGUUGCUCCAUGAAGAUUUCCGUCAGUUCACUUCCGUCUUUGCCCGCGGGAAGGCAGCGCUUGCAGUGGCGUCGUGUGCCCAGGUGCAGCGACCGCGGCAUAUUCUGGCAGCCGGCGAGGACAGAAGUGUGGCGCUGCUCAACUACGAGACGGGCCACGUGAUGCAGCGCUGGGUACACGCUCACCAAAACGACAUCAACUGCGUUACGACACCGACCUCGUCGGGAGUGUUUGCCACGGCCAGCCGCGACAAGACUGUGAAGGUGUGGAAUUUAACCUCGGACAGCUCCCUUGCGGAGCUGCGCGGACACGCGCUUACUGUGACCAGCAUCGACACGAACCCUGGCUGCAACCUCCUCGUGUCGGGCAGCAAAGACAAUACAGUGCGCCUGUGGGACGUCAACAGGGCUGAGGAACUGUUUUGUGGGGAUGUCAAGCUCAACAUUGUGCACUUUGUCCGCUUCAUGUCAUCCAUGAAUUGCGUCGCGCAGGGCGGCGAAGACUUGGCGGUUCGUCUGUGGGAUGUGCGUACAAAAGGCACGUACAGCGACCUGCACCUCUCCAAGACAAUCGAAGGAAUGAAUUACUAUCCGGUCUGCUGUGAAACAAUUCCCGAAAAUCCAUACAUGCUGCUCACCGGUCAUAACGGUGUGAACGACUGUGGGUCGUACGUCGCACAGUGGGACGUGCGAACCGGAAAGCGCGUGGCUUUGUACAAAGGCCACGGCGCCACUGUCUCUAGCGUGCGAAUGGUGGCCGCCAGCGUGUACGGGAACGGCUCCUUUUUCACCUCCAGCGAUGACGGGACGUUUGGUGUGUGGAACUUAGAAGACGGGGAGGCGAGUGGCGAGGUGCAGCUCUCGGUGGAGCAUCGCUUUUGCCUCCCGGAGGGCCGCGUCACCACCUUCGAGGCGGAGGACAACGGCGACAUAGUAAUUGCAUUAGAAAACGGCUGCCUAGUCGUGCUUCGUCCCGCCGUCAAGGGCGACUCUGUUGUUCCUUCACUUCGACUGCGCUACGUUGGCGUGCUUACUGUGCAGUAA